AUGUUUGAUAUAACCCGUCGUUCUCUCUCUAAGCAGCAAGAAGAGCCUGAGUGGGAAGAGCCUCAAUUCAACCACUGGGAUAUCUUUCGCCAAGUCAGUCGAGAGAAUGUUCAGUUGGCACUAGCCGUAUCCAGCGGAAAUGAUACAAUCUCCGAGCUGACCAAGCUGCUCGCAGAAUACGAUGUCCUGCUCACACAAGCCACCUCCAUUGACCUGUAUGCUGAUCACAUUCCUACACAGUUGAAUGAACCUCUGUCUACCGGCAAUAUUGGCCUGGAUCCUGACAGUGUUUCGCUAUUAUUGGAUGAGCCUCAGGAGGAAGAGCCUCAAUCGGGCCACUGGGCUGUCAUUCUCGAAUUCAAACGAGAGAAUGUACAGUUGGCAUUAGCCCUAUCCAGCAGAAAUGAUACAAUCUCUGAGAUGACCAAGCUACUCACAGAAUACGAUGUUCUGCUUACACAAGCCACCUCCAGCGGUCUGAACGCUAACCACAUUUCUCAACAGUUGGUCGAGCCUUGGUCUACGAGCAAUCGUGGCCUAGAUGCCCAUGGCCUUUCCCUGCUGUUAAAUGAUCCGUUGUCCCUGGAUUCCCAUAGCCUUUCCCUGCUAGUAAAUGAGCCUCGGUUUACCUGCAGUCGUUGCCUAGAUACUGACAGCAAUUCCCCCCUCUUGUCUACCCGUGACUACUGCCGGCUUCUCAACCCCGUUUGCUCCCAGCCAGAAGGAACAUGGAUCAAGGAUAUAUGGCUCUGUUCAACCACUGACACUUUACUUGCAGAAGCAGAGCAAAUUUGGCUCGAUGGUGACUCACAGUGGGCAUACGAAAUUGCCGAUAAACUUGCUGAGGAUCAAUCUCUGUCCUAUAAUGAAUUUAUGCGACGUGAGCUCUUUCUUUGUGCGAUUUUUCACUCCCACGAUGACUGGGACCUCUCCAGCCGCAUAUUUCAUAAGAUAAACGAUGAUUACAUGGACACCACUGAUGAUAGACCCGAAACUGAGGUCAAUCUUGGCGUGGCCUACUUUAUCGAAGGGAAGAAUCUCAUGGCAGUUGAAAGUCAAUAA